GGCGGCGGAGGGGCGGGAACCGGAAUCCUGCGCCCCGAACUCUCCGGGCUGGGUGGGCUGGAGGCCCCCUAGGUUGCAGGGAGCGUGCCGCAGGGGUCGCGGCGCAGGAAGGCGCGCGAGGGCGGCGCCCGCGGGGUGGGCACCGGGGCCUGCGCCCGCCCCGCCUCGCGAGCGCCCCGCCUGCAUCUUUGUGAGCGGCAUCCUUUCUCCAUCACCUUCCGAGAAAUUCCGAAGGGACCGGGGCCGAGCAGAGGGGGAAGGGACCCUCCGGCCCACGCCUGGGUAUGGGGAGGCGGCGCGGGGCCGGGCCGAGGGGCAAGGGGGCGCGGGGCGGGGCCGCAGGGCGCCGAGGCCGCGCCCCCGGACCCCCUCACACAGCCCGCGCCCCCCAACCCGGAGCUGCAGCUGCCGGCGCCAUGCAGGGCCUCUGCCUGGCGGUGCUCGCCUUGCUGUGCUCGGCGCCCGCUCAGGGCCUGUGGUGCCAGGACUGCACGCUGACCACCAACUCCAGCCACUGCACACCCAAGCCCUGCCUGCCGUCGGACACGGUGUGCGCCAGCGUGCGCAUCGCCGACCCCAGCAGCAGCCGGAAGGACCACUCGGUGAACAAGAUGUGUGCCUCGUCUUGCGACUUCGUCAAGCGCCACUUUUUCUCCGACUACCUGAUGGGCUUCAUCAACUCGGGGGUGCUGAAGGUGGACGUGGACUGCUGCGAGACGGAUCUGUGUAACGGAGGGGCGCGCGCGCGGGGCGGCCUGGCGGUCCUGGCCGCCACGCUCCUGCUGGCCCUGGGGCCCGCCCUGCUCUGGGCCGGGCCCUGACCCCCAGCCUGGAGCAGCCCCCUCCCCUGCUGGCGCGACCUUGGCCCAGCUUCUCCCCCAAGGCUCUCCCCAGCAGCUCCAGGAGAAGGGUGGGGGUAGGGAGGGGAAGCCGGGGCGGCCGGGCUGUGGGGGCACCUUCUAAGGAGAAAUAAAGUCACUUUGGGUCCCCA